AUGCCUCCAAAGAGAACGCGAAAGAGCUCGCCCGCAGCCGAACGUCGCGAGCGCCUCACCCUGGCCAAACUGGCCAGCUAUGACGAUGUCGCAACCGAUGCGCUGGUGGAUCACGCCUAUUUUUGGACCACCACCCGCAAGAACCGCACGAAAUACAGCCCUGCCCGAGGGAUUCACGACGACGAUGUUGGGCGCAUUCUCCUCCAUGACGUGAUUGUCGCCAAGGACAUCCCAACCGCCGAACGCAAACUGCUUGAUAUACCAGGCCUGAAGAAAUACAUGGGAAACCUCCCCAGCCCCCGAGAGAAGGAAUGGUUCCGCCGACAUCUUCGCAAAUACAUUCAGAUGUAUCUCCCCGACUGUCCUUUUGAGGUCACUACCACCAACCGAUACAUAAUCACGCAGCACGAGGCUGCAAUCUGCGCCCGCCGGUUUAUCAAAAAGGGCGAGGAGAUCAAACACCUGAGUGGAACGCUCGUAUCGAUGACUCGCGAAGAAGAGUUGGAUCUCGGCUUGACGCGCAAGGACUUUAGUAUCGUGAUGUCGAGUCGCCGCAAGUCCCCGUCAUUUUUUCUGGGUCCUGCUCGCUUCGCAAACCAUGACUGCGAUGCCAAUGGCAGCUUGACAACUCGGGGCAACGAGGGCAUGUCUGUUGUGGCCAUGCGCGACAUCCAUGAAGGAGAGGAAAUAACGGUUUCCUACGGAGAAGAUUAUUUUGGCAUCGACAAUUGCGAAUGUCUGUGUCACACUUGCGAAAGAGCUGUGCGCAAUGGCUGGUCUCCAAAUGGCGAUUCGGAGUCCGAUAGCAAGGAGUCCAGCCCUGCGUCUGAGGCUACACCUAUGGAAGAGAACAUUCGGACUAGGAAGCGCAGACGCAGCUCGGAAGUGGACGAGUCUGAUAGCUCUUCUACUUUGACAUCUUCGACUCCCCGCAAACGGACUAAAUUCCAACGACAAGUUUCUAAGCUACGAGAAGAGAUAACGGCUUCUGAACUAGCCGGCGAAUCAGCCACAGCUGAUGGUCCUAUUUCGGACACCUUACUCAUACCAACUGCUAUCCUGAAGGAAUCUGUACCCCAGGCAUCAAGACUGAGGGAAGAGAUUACAAAACUAACCGCCGAAGCAUCGCCAAGUGAUUCCCCAACACCUCUGCCUAUUGCUGCAGAGGCAGCAAGCGAUGCAAAUGAGGCGAAUAACACACAAUCUGCCAUUCCUGCGGACUGGGAAUCUUCUGGUUCCACCACCGAUGACUCCCACGGGUCGUCGACGUCAACUACCCCGACAACCCUGGAUGACAUUGGAACAAAGAUCAAAACAGAAGACACUACACUAGAAUCGACGGAGCCAGAACCCCACGGCGAGGCCAAAGCCAAUGUCUCAAUUGAAGGUCAGCCCAUCAUUGCCGAAACCCAUGGAUAUUUGACCCCAAUGUCAGACUCAUCAUAUUCCCACGGACCAGACGAUACUCAAGACACCAAUUCAGAACCCCCCAAGAAGCGAAAGCCGCGUACAAAGCGUCGAUACAUAGUAGAUUCAGUCGAGACCGAGUCAAGCAUUGCCCGAGUGCCCGGUGACUACACCAAAACACCCCGAUUGCUCGCCCAGAAGUACGACCGGUGGGUGGAGUGCCAGACCUGUGAUACAUGGUUCCUCCAGUCCAACUCGUACCUCACGCGACGUGAAUGUCCUCGCUGCGAGCGGCAUUCCAAAUUGUACGGUUAUCAAUGGCCAUACACGGACAAGAGCCCCGACGGCGAAAACCGAGUCAUGGAUCACCGUACCAUUCACCGGUUCUUGUCCCCUGACGCACAAUCACGCGUCUCGAGACGAGACCGCGGUAUCAGUUCUGCUGUUACCCUUACGCCGGAACUGUCUGAUACACAUACCCCGGAAACGGAUGCCAGUGAUGUGAAGGAGUCUCUGAGUGCUGCGAGAGCGACUCGGCGUCGUACUAGGGAACUUCGUAUGACUAUGUAA